CCUUCAACGAGAUUGGGCGGGCCUCUGUUAGGCCAGCAACCAGCGGACUCUUUACAUUGGCGGGUAAAAGAGGAUUCGACUUGUUUCCAGAACGUUCGCCAGCUCAGAAAACUAACGCACAUCCAAUCGGACCUUGCUUUAAUACUCGGUGAUUAUUCGUUGGAAGACGAUUGCCAGAGUUUUGCGGUUAGAUUUGUAACCGAAACGUUCCAAAGCUCGAGAUAGGAUCCGGUCGGACAGAUGUCGGCCUACGAUAACGUCGUCAUUGGAAAAUUGAAGCUGAAGGGCAAAGCAUUGGAUGUCAAGGCCGGUGGGAUUAAGAAGAAGAAGAAGAAGCAGCGCGGUAAGAGUCACAAUCAGUUGGCUCUGAUCAAUCAAGGCGGAAUUACAUUAUCCAGCAUGGUUGAGGCUGAUAAAGAUGGUAGCAAUGAUCAAGCUGCUUCAUUUGAUGAUGCUCUAACACCAGCUGAGAGGCGAUUUCUCCAGCAGACUGAAAAACUGGAGCUACAAAGGCUGGCAAAAAUGGCAGGCAAGUCACAUCGUGAUCGGAUUCAGGAAUUCAAUCUGUAUCUGGCCAAUCUAAGUGAGCACUACGAUAUUCCCAAAGUGGGGCCUGGCUAGACCCCCUUGUAAUCGUCCUUCUCAUUCAUUUCUGUUUGUAUUGCUUGAUUAAACUUGACGCGAUCUUGAUUUAAAAUCCGACUGAACUCCACCAAUGUGUUGGAUGUAGUUCAGAGCUGAAAUGGACUGAAGAAAACGUUUUGCAAUAAUGUUGUCAACGUUUAAUGACGUAAAA